UCCUAAGAAGUCAUAUGAUUGAUCUUUUUCAACAUGGCUCGAGCGCUGUUGUUAUUCGUGUUUAUGGUGUCAGGUGUCUUUGCUGGACGCUACUUUAACGAAAAACAGCCUUGCUAUAGACCCAAGCUGAACAAACACGAUGGAUUCAGGACGAUGCCCCGACCCCACGAGUUUCUUGAACUCAAUGAGCUCCCCAAGGCCUGGGACUGGAGGAACAUCAACGGUACCAACUACGUCAGCACUACCCGCAACCAGCACAUCCCCCAGUACUGUGGCUCCUGCUGGGCACACGGCAGCACCAGCGCCAUGGCAGAUCGCAUAAACAUCAAGCGGAAGGGAGCCUGGCCCUCUGCCUAUCUGUCAGUCCAGAAUGUGGUGGACUGUGGCGAGGCUGGCUCCUGUCAUGGAGGUGAUCACUCUGGGGUGUGGGAGUACGCCAACAAACAUGGCAUCCCUGACGAGACCUGCAACAACUACCAGGCCAAGGAUCAGCAGUGCAAACCGUUCAACCAGUGUGGAACCUGCACCACAUUCGGGGUCUGCAACAUCAUCCAGAACUACACCCUGUGGAAGGUCGGAGACUUCGGUGCUGUCAGUGGGAGGGAGAAGAUGAUGGCUGAGAUCUACGCUGGCGGACCGAUCAGCUGUGGGAUAAUGGCGACGGACAAGUUGGAUGCCUACACUGGAGGCCUGUACUCUGAGUAUGUAGAGGAGCCCUACAUCAACCACAUUGUGUCCGUUGCCGGCUGGGGCAUGGAUGAGACUGGUGUGGAAUUCUGGAUCGUCCGCAACUCAUGGGGAGAGCCCUGGGGUGAGAAGGGCUGGUUGAGGAUCGUGACCAGCGCCUACAAGGGAGGAAGUGGCAGUCAGUACAACCUGGCCCUGGAGGAAGACUGCAUGUACGGAGAUCCCAUCGUUCCCAAGGCCUACCUGUAGACCACAGGCAGUGGGGCCAACCAGUUUAUUUUAAAGACCAGAAGCUGUCUAUUCUAUGCAUAUCUACAGUUUUCUAUGACUAUCUCAGGCUACGUCCACAUUUUAACACUGUACUACUGUAAAAUCAGGAAAAGGGAAUAAAUAUCAGGUUCUUUUAUUUUUAUAUAUUUGCAUUGAAAAGUUCUUCCUUUUUUUUUUACAUGUUCGUUUGUGAUAUUUUUCUUAAACAAUGUGACAGAACAAGCCACUAUGUGCUUUGCCUUUGGAACAAGUACAAAUGCAGAUGUGCACAAUUAGCCAAAGAUCUCAAUGCCAGUAAGAAAACAAAUUGAUGCUGUAAAUGUUGGGUGAAGUGGUAGUGUUGCUCAAUUCAGAUGCCACAUGUCUUUUGUUCUAUGCUAAUUAACUGAAUGAUUGUAUCAGUAUUCCCACAGGAAGGCAUGACAUCUAUGGUGUGACUUCAGUGCCAACAGAUGUUAUUUGAAUUACACAAUUUUGUAUUAGAUUAUUGAUUUUAAUGAUUCAACUUGUGCAUUCAAUUCAAAUAUUGACAUCAUAAAUUGAACUUGUAUUUUAAAUUGAGUUGAGUCAAUAUUGCGCUUUAAAAAGUAAAUAUUUGAGUUUCAAGAUGGUAGAUUGCUUUCAUUGUCUGUGAAGUUUACAAACUAACACUUCAAGUUCAUCAGUUUCAUAUGUUCAACAUCUCAGAUGCAUUCAGAUUUAAAACCAGAGACCACAUCCUGGGCCUUUGCCUGCCAGGAAGGGUAGCGAACCGAGCGACUCAAACACUCACUGUGGUAAACUGACACUUCUGGCGGUUUCUGAAGCCAAUGUGGCAUGUUGAAUUUUCUUCCUAGCAUUUGAACCGUUUAGGCUAUUAUGACCCCAUUCCUGAAAGCUAGACUCUCUGGAACAUGGACCUGCAUUCUAGUUCCCUCUGAUCACAGGCUGCGUCAGAAGGGAGUGUCACAAACUGCAAUUUGGCCCCAGAAGGAUAGCCUUUCCACUCCUUAUUUAAUCUUGUGACUGACUGGGUUCGAACCAGGUCUCCUGCAUGUCACAAGACUGUUAGCCCACUUAGAUAAAGCCUAUAGGGAUAAGUUCAUGUAAAGGACAACAUGCUGCUUGCUUAACGAGUCCCGCUUCCCCCUGAUUCAGCGCAUACCGACACUCGAACUCAGGACCUCCGCCUCACAAACACGCAUGACCACCCUCCUGAAGUGUUCUAACCCACCGUACUAUUGAAAAUGGCGUUCUUCAGUUGCGCAAGGGUCGGCACUUCAGGCUGAGUGAGUUUCACAGAUCCACAUCUGCAACACAAGUCUUCAACAUCCAGCAAGGUUACUCAUCAAAAGAGCGUGGUUUGGUGAUCCAAGCUUAUGUGAUGAGAACCUUGCCUGAAGACGUUAGUUUCACGUCUCUGGCAAAGGUAGUCAUAAGGUUAACAUGUGACUGACUGGGUUAAGACUGUUAGCCUGUUGAGCUAAAGGCAUUGGUCAUGUGACUUAGAUGGGUCUCUUCAAGGAGAAUGUCAAAGGGGGUUGAAGUGUAACAGGUGGUUCGGUGACCAUGAUCAUGUGAUGCAUAACAUAUCGGAGACCUGAAAAGUUGCAUUGUCUGGCAGGAGACCUGAGUUAGAACCCCAUCAAACUAACAUGUCUUCAGGUCUCAGACAAGGUUGCUCAUCACAUGCAUUGAUCACCAAACCACCUCUGUUGCACUCAUUAAAUGAGGUGCACUGAUCCUUCUGCUUGUUUGCCACAAAGUGUUGCGCAGUAGGCCUGAUUUUAGAACCCAGUCACUUAUAUUGGUGCUGUGAUCUGAGUAUGAGGUCAAAGGGGGGUGAAAUGUGAGGUGGUUCGAUGAACCACACUCAUUUAAUGAGUAACCUUGCUGGAGACUUGAAGACUUGUGUUCGCUAAAGCCCGUAGGGAUGAGUUCAGGAAGCUAAGUGGGCUUACAGUCUUGACAUGCAGGAGAACUGGCUCAAACCCAGGUCAGUCACAAGAGCAAGAUUUAAUAGGGAGUGGAAAGGAUAUCCUUAGUAGGGCUAUUCAACUGUUUUCUUAUGGGGGCCAAAUUGUGGUUUUUGUGACUCCCUUCUAAAUCAUGAAAUACAAGUUCAAUUUAUGAAUUAAAUGAUAGAAUUUGCAUUACAAAUUCAAAAAUAUUUAAUUCAAAUCCAAAAUUAUGGAAUUUAAAAUACAAUUUCUGUUGGCACUGAAAUUGCUCCAGCAAUCUCAAUGCACUUUACUUUUUAAAGGUAAUUUACGCUUGUCUUCCUCCAUGGCGUUUUUCGCAAAUGUGAUCUCUACUAACAUCAGAAAUUGUGCAAUGUGUUGGCACUAGUGAUGUGCUUGAAUAGAGGCCAGAUGGAAACUUGUUUUGAUAUUUGAUUAAUUUUCUGAAACUUUAACUUUCCUUGAACCACCUCAAAGGAAAUGAUGCAGAAUGGUGGAUGAAUGGAACUCAUUGUCUUGUCGUAUAAAUACACCGGUGAUCUACACUUACCAAUGUACAAUUAACUGUCACUAGGUGUGACACUAAUAAAACCAAGAUUUGUGUCAA